UCUCGUGGCCCUGGCUGUGACUAUGAACUAAUUUCAUACACUCGUCUAAUCGAUUCUCUCUCUCGCUCUCGCUCUCUGUCUCUGUUUUCGGUGGAGCAGAUCGCUGAGUCUUAUUCGAAGGCAAAGAGAGAGCUUUUGGUUCCCGAGUGAAACACAGGCCGAGUUCAGCUCGGGAGGGUUCUCACUCAACGAGUUCACAAACUCAGAAUAAGUCCCAGCUCAGCUUCGAGAGCCAUCGUCACGAAUCACGGUACAGGUGUUACAAUUAACUUCUCCCCCAAAACUUCAAUUGUGAUUUUCUACCCAGUUGCUAAAACCUAUAGAUUCUCAUCUACGAAAUACUGUUGACAUGGAAGCCAAGAAUUUUUUUUUUCUCUUGCAAUAUCUUGGUCAUCGAAGCCUAGCUUGACUUCCAAUUUCUGAGCUACGGAUAGCCAUUCUUGCUUCUGUUUGCUGAAUUUGUGUUCGCUUUAGGAUUUUCUUAUCUGGGUGUUGCUUCAAUUUGUAGUUUUCCGGGUUUUGUAUUUCGGAUUUGUUCAUUUUUGUGAUACGAGGGGUAGGGUUUUUGUUAAUUAGGGUUUGGGGCCAAAUUAGUUGUUUCGUGAUUUGAUCUGUGUUCAAUUUUUGGAAUAAUUAGGGUUUUCCUGAUAUGGGUAUAUUCAAUUUUGUGGUAAAGUUGGGGCUUUUCAUCUGGGUUUGUUGAAUUUGUUAUGAAGUUGGGUUUUGUUUGACUGGGUUCUUUCAAUUUUGUGAUGGGCGAGGAGAUAUCUGAGACAAUGAACCUUGACUUGAACCUGGGUCCUAUUCCCGAGCCAGAGCCAGCAUCAGGCUCAAACGAACCUGUGAAUUUGGAUGAGUGGAUGGAAGAGCCUAUUCAUAGUCCCGUUCCCGAGCCUGUAGUCACUGGCUUGAUUCGACAUGGACCCGUGAGUUUGGAUGAGUGGAUGGAGGAAGGACCUAUUAGUAGGAUUAGGGAAGCUGUAAGGAGUGCUCGAGCCCGACAACGUUGGAGGUGGCGGCAAGUUCAGAUAUCACCCGACCCUCAAAACAUCUCAAUGGAGUUGAAUCAAGUGAUGGUCAAUUCUGGCAAUGCAAAUACAUUGCAGGCAGGUGAAGGUAGUGUUGCUACAGGAGAAAGAAGUAAUGAGUUGCCAAAAACAUGCGAAAAUAGCAAUGGAAUCCUUGAAGAAGAGACAUCGGAGAACAAAGAUGAUAUUGAAAAGGGUACUGGAAGUGAUGGUAGCUUUUUUGAUUGUAAUAUCUGUUUGGACUUGGCUAGGGAGCCUGUUGUGACUUGCUGUGGUCACUUGUUUUGUUGGCCAUGCCUCUAUCGGUGGAUACAUGUGCAUUCUGAUGCAAAGGAAUGUCCAGUGUGCAAGGGAGAGGUUACUCUUAAGAAUGUGACCCCAAUUUAUGGUCGUGGAAAACAUAUGAGUGAGCCAGAUGAGGACUCAAGUCUUAAGAUUCCGGUUAGGCCCCAAGCAAGGCGGGUGGAGAGUGUGAGACAAACCAUUCCAAGGAAUCCUCUUACUUUUCCAGUGGAAGAGAUGAUUCGACGCCUUGGAAGUAGAUUUGAUUUGUCCAGGGAUUUGAAUCACCCACAGGAGUCAGAGAGUGCUCGCGACCCUAAUUUUCUGUUAAAUAGAAUUUUAACGUCCCGUGGACGAAGAGAGCAAAAUUCAAUAGCACCAACAGAUGAUGCUGUAGACUUGAUGCAAAGCAGUGUGACUGCUGCUGAGACAGGAGAGAACCGAAGGCACUCCAUGUUAUUUCGAAGAACACACAGACAGGCAAUUCAUUCACUGACAUCUGCAUUGAGUUCAGCUGAACGGAUGGUUGAGUCGUAUUUACGGAAUAAUGGUAGGAAUCAAGAACAGGCUCCACAAGUUGAUGAUAGAGAUUCUUACUCCAGUAUUGCUGCUGUUAUUAAUUCAGAGAGUCAAAUGGACACUGCUGUUGAAAUCGAUUCUGUGUCCCUUUCUACUUCAUCUUCCAGAAGAAGAAACGAUGCGUCAAGGAUUUCAGACGUGGACAGUGGAGACUCCCGGGCACCAAGAAGGAGACGAUUGAACUGAAAGCCCUUCUUCAAUUUAUCCAAUCCAACGGUAUUGUGUAGUUACCGGGAUAUACAUUUUAUGUCAUAAAGCUGUGUUAAAUGCCUUUAGAUGGUCUCACAGUAGAAUGAAGGACUCUCACCUUGCGCCGCAACCAUAGACUCUUAUGAGGGUAGUAGGGAAUACUCUUUUAACAGUUUUCUUCUGCUUCUUGUAAUUUGGUUUCAAGUAUAAUCGUCCUCCUUUAAGGGGCAUAUGCUUCCAAUUUGUACGGCAAAUAAAAUUUGUCAAAGAAGUUGGCCGCUUCAUCGGUUUCUGCUGUACAUAAUCUCCCAAAAACUUCACUUUUUCUUUUCUUCUUCCUCCCAUCCAGACUGCAUGUGCUCCGCUGCCUCUUCAUAUUUGAAUAUCUCUUUUAAUAAUCUUCUUCA